AAACAAAAUUAAUAAUCAUCAACAAAACGAAAGAAACUUCGAUUUUGGUUUCUCCCCCAUCUCUCUCAAAGCUUUUUGAUUCGUUUUCUCAAGAGCUUCGAUCUACGAUAUAGUUUUGAUACGAACGAAGAUUCAGAUCUUUGAUUCUGAGGAAGACGAAGGUGAAGAAGGAAGGUCAUGUUUUUGUUCGAUUGGUUCUAUGGAAUCUUGGCCUCGUUAGGUUUGUGGCAGAAAGAGGCCAAGAUCUUGUUUCUUGGCCUUGACAAUGCCGGCAAAACUACUUUGCUCCACAUGCUCAAAGACGAGAGAUUAGUUCAGCACCAGCCAACACAGCAUCCCACCUCUGAGGAACUCAGCAUUGGCCAAAUUAAGUUCAAGGCCUUUGACUUGGGUGGCCAUCAGAUUGCUCGUCGUGUUUGGAAAGACUACUAUGCCAAGGUUGAUGCUGUUGUGUACCUAGUGGAUGCUUAUGACAAGGAAAGAUUUGUGGAGUCUAAAAGAGAGCUUGACGCUCUUCUAUCAGAUGAAGCCUUAGGAAACGUGCCUUUUCUUAUUCUUGGGAACAAGAUUGAUAUCCCUUAUGCAGCAUCAGAAGACGAGCUGAGGUAUCACUUGGGUCUCACUAAUUUCACUACUGGUAAAGGUAAUGUCUCUCUUGGAGACUCUGGUGUUCGUCCCCUUGAGGUCUUCAUGUGCAGCAUCGUUCGCAAAAUGGGAUAUGGUGAGGGUUUUAAAUGGAUGUCUCAGUAUAUCAAGUAAAGCAGUAUUUACCAGACCGCAUUGUUUUACGGUUUAUAUAAUAUCAGAGACAUCUCAAAUUUUUCUAUCUGGAAAACAGAUGAACUCUCUCUGUUGUAGUUUUCUCUCUAAGUUCUAAUAUUAAGUCGAUGCCUUAAACAA